AACGUUCAGACAAGUGCAGUGGUAAACGUUAUUGUGCGUACCGGCUUAACUUGCUGUGGAACAAAAGGUGCGGAUUUGUUGAAAUAUUAUAAGACUUUAUUGUAGAAUUCCAUCUUUUUCAAAUGACAAAAACUGAUGAGAAUUUGAAAAAUAAGCAAACUACGCGGAGUUAACUUUGUGAUCGUACACUUGACCACGUUUCUUUUUGUUCGCAGUUCUUUCACAACGGUUUUCAAAGGCAAAGAUAUAAAGUCAGGAAUCGAACAGACAGAAAAAUUCACGGUAUAAAAUGCCACAGAAAAAAAAAACCCAAAAUGCCUUUAGUUUCUUCAUGCUCGAUUACAAGAAGAAACAUGAAGCCUUAGGUGUGAAAUUUCCAGGUGAUUUGAAGGACGUGGCCAAUGCCUGUAGCGCAGAGUGGAGCAGAUUGACGCCUGGGCAGAAAGGACCAUAUGUCGCUCAAGCUAAAAAUGCUAAAGUACGAGAUGGAAUUAAUGAUGAGAGAUACACGAGUGAAGGCACCCCCGUUUCGUUCAUUGAGCGAAUGAGACGGAGGAAACAGGACUUUGAAGAUAACAUGGUUGAUUACAUCAAACGUGCUGUUGACCCGUCUAAAGGAUGUGAUAGUUUGCUCCAAAAAAAGUUUUACUUCCUACAUGUAAAUCGAUACUGUUGCAAGCUAUGUAUGGAUGGCACGAGUGAUUUUUAUCCUGCAGAGUUUGCUAUUGCUGAGUUUUCUCUCAGACAAGGUGUCCAGAAAACAUACCAUGAAAUAAUCGACAUUGAUUUACCCUUGGGCUAUGCUGCGGAUAUUAGAGACUAUUCACGUCAAACGCACAAAAUUCCAAGGAAUCCAUCUUGUGGACAGAAAAAUUUUUCAAUCAUGUAUGAACGGCUGAGGAAGUUUUUGGAACCAGAAACUAUUGGUGCUGAAUUGCCUCCGCUCUAUACUGCAAAUAGUUUCAGGGCGGUUGUGCCUGGGUUGUUAUCUCGAAUGGCGGCAACUGCUGGUCAAACAGUAGAUAUUUUCAGAAUUUAUUCAUUUGAAACUCUGUUCUUCCACAUUCGCAAUGCUGCUGCUACAAUAAAGAACAGCACCGGUUUUCCAGUCAUAUCAUUCGCUGAAGAAGAAAUUCGGAAAGAUGUUUUUGAUCAUGCUCCGGGAAUCGCAUGCGAUUAUCACAGUUCCAUAGAUGGGACGACAGUUCACUGCAGUUUAUCUAUAGUAAUACGCUGGGCGUACACAAUUUGUGAUUAUUGUUGCAUCGACCUCGACAUUGAUAUGCAGCCUGGAUUUCAUUGCCCAAUAGAUAAGGAUUCCAUCGCUAUAAAGCGCGCAAAGGCUGCACUAGAUAGUAACGAUGUACGUCGGAUACCUGACCAGGCGGAAGUUUUCCAUAGCUUUGCAGACAUAACAGGCGUAACACCAGAACACAGGUUGAGAACUUCCGAAAGAACUUACAAAGAGGAACUGGCGCGGCGUCAAACUGGCCGCCCUCUGCAAAUUAUAGAUCACAGCAAAAUACGAAAUUCCAAUCUACAGGAAAUAGAAACUGCUCCUCCCCGUGCAACAACCAACAGUCACUCUUUUUCAGCUAUGACUAGGAAACCUCAGAGGCCACUGCGACUACCAUACUCUAUGAGUUUGGCUAUGAAGGGUGUCGGGUCAGAUCAACUACCCACGAUGAGCGAGAUGAAUUUUCCUUUAAUUGGUGGUAGAGGGGGGGUUCUUAAGAAUUUGAGCAACGAGUUUCCCUCAGUCCCAGGAAAAGGUCGUGGAAACUCACUUGGCUUUUAGCUCAUCCUUUCAAAGAAAUCCAAAGAGUAACCAAAAUCUGCCCUACAAGCGAUAUGCGCAAAAAUUGGCUACUAAGAUUGAAAAGUAACUAUUUAAUACAAUUGACAACGUAUAGAUAGAUUCCUCCGAAAAAUUAUGAUUACAUAUCGUUUACUUUAUGCUUUAGUUUAUUUUUAUAAUUUUCAGUUUUCAAGUUUAUAUUUUUUUCAUACAUUUAUUACUAUUAACUUUACAUUCGUAAUAAUUCAACGUAUUCGAAGAAAUAUCUUGAAUAUCAUUCAUUUGCGAUGUAUUGCCACUCGUAUUUUGUGUUUCUAACCAUACGGAAUGAACAGUGAUGGCAAAAAUUUAGAAAUAUAGUUGAUAAUGUCAUUCCAUUGAUAGUUUUAUACCGUAGUAUUUGUAUAACAUAGUAUGUACAGGUUGGUUUUUGUAGUAGAGAGGAAAAAGGAAUCCAGUUCCUGAUUUCUCGUUUGUUCAUCAACCUAGAUAUGAAGAAUAAAAAUAUAUUUGUUAUAA